UGGCUUUUGGCUUCUUGCCGCUCUCGCAGUGUAGCUUUCACCGCGCCGCGCAGCCCAGCCUAUGAGGGCCGUCCAUGUCGUCCGUUCCACCGUAUCCACGCGCGUUAGGCGCAAUCUAUUUUGAGGAGGUGCAGCCGGCGCCGUCCAUCACGCUGCAGCAGCGGCGCGUCAAACGCAGACAAAUGAAGGCCACGCGCAAGAAAGGAGGUCGCUCCGCUCUCAAUAUCGAACCUAGCCGUGCUCAGCGUACUCUUAUCUCGUUCAGUUUCUGAUGGUUUGAAAUCAUAAAUCGUCGACCUCCAAAUUCGUCUUAACUCAUUCUAUGGUCACUGGGUCGCGCGCAGCCCUAACCUCGAGCUAAACCAGUCGCGGCGUCCGAAGCCCCUGUCGAUUGGAAGAAGCCAUUUUUUGCGUCGUUCUUUUUAAGAAAGUCCCAAGAUCGGAAUUCUCAAGAACGAGCCUCGCCGUCAGCCAUGGCGUCAGCUCGCGCGGUCACUCUCCUCUGCGCGCUCGCGCUCCUCGCGCCAUUCCUGCUCCAAGCACAGGCCAAGGCAGUGAUUGUGGGGUACGGCCCCCUGCCCUGGUCCUUCUACGUCUUCCAGUCCUGGAGGCAGCCCGUCGUCAAGCCGGGAGACGUGCUCGUGUUCAAGUGGGGCUUCUGGCCGCACGGGCUGCGCAAGCUGGCGAGCGGCACGGCAUUCGACAACUGUGACUUCAGCGGCAGCACCAAGAUUGCUCCCAUACGCUUCUUUGGAUACGCCAGGUACAAGGUGCAGGCAGCAGACGCCGCCACUGCUCUCUUCUUCGCCUGCCCUGUCCCCAGCCACUGCGGGCCGGGAGGCAUGAAGGUGCAGGUCAACGUCACUCCGCUGUAGCUGUUGAUCCUUCAAGUUGCAGGUCGACGACAGCACUCCGCUGUAGAGUGUGAGGAGCUGAGCUGACGUGUGGAGUUGCCAAUGGACUCAACCGCUGCUGCUAUGCUGUAGCUGUUGACUCCUCUGAAUAAUCGCCCCGUGCCACAAGGGCGUAGUUGUACAGAACAGACUUCCCCUGCUGCUGCAACCGGCGCCAGCAUUUUUGCAGCCCCCUGCUGCAGCCCUCUCUCAUGCCCUCAGGUGCAUCCUGCCUUCUUUUUGUAACUCUGAUUUCGAUCAUUAGUGUCAGAUUGUCAGCUGGUGCCCUGUCCACCACUGCUCAUGUUUCAGCAUGCAAUCAGCAUCUCACCUGCCUGCUGACCAUCAUUUGGCAGCUCAAGCGUGCGGUAUGAUACAGAAAUUGCAGAAAGCGGACAUGUACAUGCACCGAGACUAGUAGUCCACCAACCA